AUGGUGCGCGCAGAAAAGCCCGAAGUGGCGCAAGCGCAGACGGCCCCAAAUCCGAGCCUGCUCUCGCGCGCAUGCGCGCACGGUCCCGCCCCGUCCUCUUCGGAGGCGCGCGUGCGCGAGAGUGGUCCGCGGCGGCCCUCCCCGUUUCUCUGUCCGUCCCCUCCGUGCGCUCCCUGGGAAGGACGUUGCCCGCGGAGACGAGCCUUCUCGGCCUGGUUGGAAGCCACGGCCCUCGGCUCCGACGCGGGGGCCCCCCGCACCCCGUUUUCUGGGGUGUGUGUGUGUGUGCGCACGCGCGCCAGAGAUUCCCCUCAGGCCGCCAUCUUCAGCCGUCCCCCCCUUCGUUGUCCAGGACAACGCGCUCAGUACAGUACCGCCGCUGCUGAUGCUGAGGGAGACCCCCUUCCAGGGAGACAGGGCUUCUGUCCCAUCCUGGCUGGUGUGGUACAUUGUCUGGCCCUGGGGGCCCCCUGCACCAGCAUGCUCCUGGAAGCCAGCACGGGCGGGUUGAGGAAGAGGCCUGAGAAGUCCUUGGGCUCCGGGUCUCCAGCUGUGACCGUGGCAGUUUCAGCGGGAGUUGGCUACGGUGACUAUGGGACCAUCACUCGCAGGAGUGUGACCGGUGACGACUCAGGAUUCAGUCGCCGGGACCUGAGGGAUCCAAGCUCCAGGAUCGCCGGGCAGCCGUGGAUCCGCGGGCUGGUGACCUCACCCUGGCUUGCAGGGAGCCGGCGGGCCGGAAAACCUCUGUAGCCCGUGAAGGACGGCGUUGGCCAUCGCACCGGGUCCAAAAAUGGUGCAGCCGACGGGUGGGUGGUACUGGGGGACAAGUGGGUGCAGAAGAGAUGAGAGAGGAUGUAACCCAUUGCAGGGCGGAACCGGGUGUUCUGACUGGCCCUGCUGGGUGAGGGAGCCGGAGACAUAGCGAGGGUGGAGAGGAAGUCGCCUCAGGCCGUGGGUAAAGGACGGCUCUGGGCAUUGGACCCAGAGCAAGGGCGUCAUGGUGGUGUACG